AUGAUGAUCGAUCGCAUAAUAUUGCUUUUUUGUCUUUGGACUGCGCUUACAAUUACCCCUUCCACAACUCAAACCACAACCGCAGAUGAUUCCAUUAAUUGCAUACUUUUUCCCGAACUGCCAAUAUGUAAGCGCACUACCACGACGGAAGAAUUAACGACUACCAUCGCUUCUACAAUAACCGCUACCGCUCCUACGACCACUGUUGCUCCUAUAACAACCACUGUCGCUCCUACAACAACCACAAUCGCUCCUACAACCACAGUCGCUCCUACGACCAAUACAACAACCCCUAUCGCUCCUACAACAACCACAGUCGCCCCUACGACCACGGUCGCUCCUACAACAACCACUAUCGCUCCUACAACCACAGUCGCUCCUACGACCAACACAACAACCACUAUCGCUCCUACAACAACCACUGUCGCUCCUACAACAACCACUGCCGCGCCUACAACAACCACAAUCGCUCCAACGACCACUGUCGCGCCUACAACAACCACAAUCGCUCCUACGACCACUGUCGCGCCUACAACAACCACUAUCGCUCCUACAACAACCACUGUCGCUCCUACGACCACAGUCGCUCCUACGACCACAGUCGCUCCUACAACAACCACUAUCGCUCCUACGACCAGUACAACAACCACUAUCGCUCCUACAACAACCACUGCCGCUUCUACAACAACCACAAUCGCUCCAACGACCACUGUCGCGCCUACAACAACCACUGUCGCUCCUACAACAACCACUGACGCUCCUACGACCAAUACAACAACCACUAUCGCUCCUACAGCAACCACUGUCGCUCCUACAACAACCACUGUCGCGCCUGCAACAACCACAAUCGCUCCAACGCCCACUGUCGCGCCUACAACAACCACAAUCGCUCCUACGACCACUGUCGCGCCUACAACAACUACUAUCGCUUUUACAACAACUACUAUCGCUUCUACAACAACCACGACCACUGUCGCGCCUACAACAACCACAGUCGUUCCUACAACCACUGUCGCUUCUACAACAACCACUGUCACUCCAGUGACCACUAUGGCUCCUACGACUAAAACAACAACUACUAUCACUCCUACAACGACCACUGUCGCUCCUACAACAACCACAGUCGCUUCUACGACCAAUACAAGAACAUCUAACGCUCCUACAACAACCACUGGCGCCCCAACCACAAUUGCAAAUUCACACGCUCACCACCAUCACCAUCAUCACCACCAAGUAAUUGGCCCAGUCUUUCCACCACCGAUACAGUUUCCACCAUUUCCGUUUCUUGGAUCCUUGCCUAAUUCUAAUUCAGCUGUGAUUGCUAUAGUACCUCCUCCUCCUUCUGCUCAAGCAUUUCCUCGUCCUCCACCCUUACCACUUCCUUUCGGAAACUUUUACGGAAAAUAA